UCUUUUGUGAUGUCUCUCCUAUGACAGCUGGCGUGGCUUGAUGGUACAAACAGUUUUAUUGAAUCAUGCGCCUGUUCAAGCUUGAGCACAGAUGAGCCACGUCAGUCUCAAAGUUGCUCAUCCAUAUAGACUCUUCAGAUUGAACCAUUCGUCAAUAACUGAGAGAAGAUGCUCUAUUUCGCCUCUCUACUUGUAAUUGCAUUAACGAACGGAGCAUGGGCUACGACAAAGUCGGAGUCAGAACUUCUGGCAGAGAACGGCUGGAAAGAAAUUUCACCAAAGGGAAUUCCCUUGUUCGAACAACUGGCUGCCAAAGCUGCUUCCAACUUCACCAAACAUAUAGAUUUCUACCAGGUGAUGGAGGAGGUUUUACACGUUAGCAAAAAGGGUCCAAAGCACAGAAUUGUGUUUACUUACUCGCCAACUUCAUGUAGCGUCAAGGAAACUUUUGAUGCCGCUAAAUGCAAAGCCGUCACCCCCAAGGCCUCUGGCGAGUGCACAUCAAUGUUUACAGUGGAAGGGAGCAAACCGGAGAACGCCGUACUCGAGUGGGUGCAGUGCGAAGAUUUUAUGGCGCCUAAGCAUCGUCGCUAUGCUUGAAGUUACGAAGAACCUGCAAUAGUAAUGACCACGUUAACACAACUUCGUGAAGCACUGAAGUAAACUGUUCUUGUUUCGAAGAAAGUUGCGUGAAACUUUGCUAAAGUGGGAUCUUUUCCAGCUACGACUUGAAAAACUCCAAACUAAUCGGUAGUAUUGAAAAGUUAAAUAAAGGACCCACAUGUCUUUGUAGCAUAAGCGUAAUUCCAGUAGUUGAAUAAAGGAGUCCAAAAUUGUAA